CCGACGGAUUGUUGGAAAUGUUGUUUUAAUCGUUGGAAUAUUGGUGACUGUUGAAAACGUAAACAAUAAAUAGAGUUACUUAACUUAUGGAUUAAUUGCAUACAAAUCUUGACAAAUCUUUAAACAAAAUAUUACGUAUUAUUGUUACAAACAUUGGUUAUAUUUACUUCAAAUGUUUUCAAAUGUCCCAAUUUAUUUUUUGUUAUGUACUUUUUUAGCAUUUAAGUGCCAUGCCGUCAGACGUGAAGAAGGAUCGUGGUCAACAUAUAUUGAAAAUGUAUUCGAGAAACCAUAUAGUUUCCCCAACAGUCUAUUUAAAGGAUCAAAAAUAUAUAUUAAAAUAAACUGUAAUCAUUUAUACAAUGUCACUGUUAGUUGGAUUUUGACAGAACCAGAAUGUUGGAAUUAUUACUAUUUACAACUUGGCAGUGGUCUUAUCAAAGACCUUCAGCUACAAGAAAUAAGUCGAGAUUUCCAGAGUAAUAAUUCAUAUACAAAUUAUAACAUGAAAUUUGAAGAUCAUACUUACUCUUGUGCUUAUGGGAUAGAUUUAGAUGAUUUAUCAUCAUAUGAAACUAACACAACUAAUAUUGGUCCAUUGCACCAAAGAUCUUCUAAACAUCCAGUUUUCACUAUUCUUAAAGAUGGAGUGUACUUUCUUACUGUUACGAUCACACCUAUUGCCAAUGAUGUCCCUGAAUUUGAUAAUGAUGAAAAUAAAUUUAUUGGCACUUUAGAAGUUAUAAUGAAAGGUCCACAUGGAUUUUUAUCUGCUGCGAAUUGGCCAUUAUUGCAUUUCUACGAGUUUAUGUGUUUUGUGUACAUUUGUUUUGGCUUAACAUGGUUGAUCUUAUUAUUUAUGCAAUGGAGGGAUUUACUUCAAAUCCAAUUUUGGAUUGGAGCUGUCAUUCUAUUAGGAAUGAUUGAAAAAGCAGCCUUUUAUGCUGAAUAUUAUGAAUUGAAUCUUACUGGACAGUUAGAUAAUAUUUAUGGAGUAAUGACGAUAGCUGAAGUGAUUUAUUGUUUAAAACGAACUCUCGCACGAAUAUUGGUUAUUAUAGUAAGCUUAGGAUUUGGUAUUGUCAAACCCAGAUUAGGUCCACUCUUACCUAAGGUAUUAGGAGUUAGUUCCUUAUAUCUAAUAAUGUCAUUAAUGGAAUCUUAUUUUCGUUUAUCAAGUACUAUGAACAAUGGGAUAUUAUUAGUUGAAUUACCAUUGGCUGCUCUGGAUUCCGGAAUUGUUUGUUGGAUAUUUUCUGCCUUAACUCAGACUACUAGAGCUUUAAGACUUCGAAGGAAUGCAGUAAAACUUCAAUUAUAUACACAUUUUACUAAUGUUCUUGGUUUUACUGUUGUGACCUCAUCUGUAUUUAUGUUAUAUUUUAUAAAGACUCAACGUUUAUCAAAUUGUGGUGGAAACUGGAAAGAACAAUGGUUAGACGAUGCCUUUUGGCAUAUCGAGUUUUCCAUAAUUUUACUUGUUAUUAUGAUACUUUGGAGGCCAACUAAUAAUAACCAAAGAUAUGCUUUUACUCCAUUGCUGGAUGCUCCUGAUGAUGAUAGAGAUGAAACAGAACUAUUCAUUAAAGAAACUUAUAAUGAUGUAAAGAUGAGAACUACAACUAAUACAUCCAAUAAUAAUUUCAAUGUGACACCCUACAAAGACUAUCCUGCUUCAAAUAGUAGCACAAAAAGUCAAACACAACUUGAUGAUGAUUUAAAAUGGGUAGAAGAAAACAUACCCGGUUCUUUAUAUGAAACGACUGUACCAAUUUUGGAUUAUAGUGAGGAUGAUCAUAAUACUGCUAUUGAACGUUCAAAAUUGCAAUAAACACUUUAAAUUAAUGUUCUUAAACAAUACUGUAGUUUAUGUCACUUUUGCUUCAUAAUGUAAACCAAGUAUAGUAUUUUUUUUUCAUUGUUUCGUUAAUACUAUAUACUUAUUAUUUUAAAUUUGUUAAUUUUGUCCUAUUAUUCGAUUAAUUGAAUAACCUUUUUGUUA